CUCUACGUUGAUGAAAGUACAAUUACUUGAAACCUGUCAAUAUGGUUUACGUGGAACAACAAUAAAUCCAUAAAUUUUUCUUCUUUUGAACAGGUCUGAUCAAAUUUUGAGAGAGGAAACACAUCACAAUGGCUUCCAGAAGUCUAACAGAAGUUUUCAUACUAAUGAGAAACAAUGCAGCGCAGAGUAGACACAUAUAUUCGGACCAUGUUCAUGAUGAUAGGAUGGCACUGGUGAACAGUAUAUCAACUGAUCCUGAUGCAAGCGUAGGUGCUACUAAACUCAACAUUCCACCAGAAUGGGUUAAUAGUACAGAAGAAAUUCAAUAUGACAUCACGAGAAUACAGCAAAAAAUGAAGGAAUUAUCAUCAUUACAUGAUAGAUACCUGAACAGACCUACAUUAGAUGAUAAUAUGGAAGAGGAACACGCCAUUGAAAUUGCCACUCAAGAAAUUACUCAAAUGUUUCACAGAUGCCAAAGGUCUAUCCAAUCCAUAACAGCCAAAGCUAGGUUAUCAUCGAGACAAGAGAGAAAAGUCACACAGAAUAUCGUCAAUUCACUUGCUGGCAGUCUUCAAGACCUUUCUAUUCAAUUCAGGAAAAGCCAGUCUGCGUAUUUAAAACGAUUGAAAGGAAGAGAAGAGCGGUCUAAAGAAUUCUUUGAGAGCAACAUCAAUUUAAAUUCCAGCAGUGCAAUCAUGAUUGAAGAGGACAUGGAGGAUGAUUUACUAUACGACAGGGGUUUCACAGAUGCGCAAAUGCAGGAAGUGGAACAAAACACACAGCUUAUCGAGCAGAGAGAGAAGGAAGUGUCGCAUAUAGUCCAGUCGAUAUCAGACCUUAAUGAAAUCUUCAGAGAUUUAGCUAAUAUGGUGGUGGAACAAGGCACAGUCUUGGAUAGGAUAGACUAUAACAUAGAGAAGUCAACUGUUAAAGUGGAAGAAGGUCUCAAACAAUUACAAAAGGCUGAGAAGUAUCAAAAGAAGAACAGGAAAAUGCUUGUAAUCGUCAUCCUCUUCGUCAUUGUUAUCAUUCUAAUCAUCAUCUUCAUAGCAACCAAGUUAAGAUGACAUCGCUGAUUAUAGUAUCACCAUAGCAACCAAAUUAAGAUGACAUCGCUAAUCUGUGCAUCACCAUGGCGACAGAGUAGAGAUGAAAGUUUGUUUCAUUGCAUUGCCAAAAUGACUACAAUGAGAUGAAAUCGGUAUUGUAGUCGUAUUAGGACCAACUUGAGCUCAUAUUUUAUUCUGAAAGAAGACAACCAAAUUAAGAUUACAUCACUUCAUAUGUCGUCAAAACUGUCAACUUGAAGAAAUGACAUCUCUUCUCAUCAGCAUAGGAAAUACAUGAGGGUGGCGGGCAAUUUUGCCCUCAUGUUACCCGGAAUCGUCCCUAAAAUUCCCCCAAAAUGCAUGUUUCGGGGUGAACAUUCUUUCUAGAGUUAACCCAAGAUCUGUCACAAACAAUAUUCAAGAUUAUUGAGAAAAUCAUUAUGUUAUCUAUGGCAGAAUAAUAAUAUUGCUUUUACUGCAUAAUUGCUUGUUACCCCUACAAAAACUAGCCCUUGAAAUGAAAAAAAAAUAGCACCCAAAAGUUUGCAAUCGCCCCAAUGUAAAAAAAAGACUGCCCCUAAAAAAUAAAAAUUACUUCCUACCCUGCUUCUCAUUCAACCCAUUAAAGACAAGGUUGCUUGAAAUUGUAACAACUAUUAGAUGACACGUUAAUAAACUUUUAUCAUCUUAAUUGAGCAAUUAAGUUGGUGCAACAUAGCUUUUGACCAUGACAUAUGAGUUGAGCCAGCAAGCUAUCCUACUUGCGGUGUCUUAAAAUCAAGUCGAGACAAGAUUUCUUUCUAUCAUAACAACAAAGUAGAGAUGACAUGCUACCAAACUUGCAUCAUCUUAACAACUAAGUUGGCUACAGUUACAACAUCAUCUUAACAACUAAUUUUCUACAGUUACAUCACUUUUUACCAUAGCAACUUAGUUGAGAUAAUAUACUAGUGUCAUCACAUAACUACAAAGUUGAGGUGACUUCAGAAUUUUUUUGGCAUUCAUCAUAUCGUCAUAG